AUGCAAAGAAGGCGCCUGGCGUUCGACAUGUUCAGUGCACUCUUCUACGGGACGCAGAUGAAGACGACGUCCCCUUCUGCGAGGUUCAAUUUCGGCUUAACACGCAAGUUGUCGAACAAACGAAGAAUGUACCUGUCGGAGAGGCCGGAGGACCUGGACUUUGUGCAGAACACCGUUGACGUCUUCCGCUGCCCUGCCGAAAUUCUUACAAGGGGAGGGCCAGAAGAGGCCAAAGGAGGCAUGAUGGGAACUUCCGUCUUCCAGCCCCAUCUGAAGAUGGGCAUCUUCCGGAAUCAUCCCCUGAACAAGAAGUUCAAGGCAUCUUGGCACCGGAGCUACGAGUACUCCUGCCAGAUGCUCGAGGAGGCGCUGGAGAAGUUCAAGGACACGCCGGCGGACACGAAGCCCUACAUCGUGCGAGUCAUUGGCCGCCAGAGCAUUCCAGUGGAGGGCAUCAAGGAGGUCGCUGCGAGCGUGAUGCUGGCCGGCAUCGACACCACGACCUCCGUAAUCAGCUGGAAUCUCCUCUACCUCGCUAUGAACCCGGAGAAGCAGGAGAUCCUAAGGAAAGAACUUCGCGAAGUGCUCGGCUCGGGAGACAUCACCGAGGAGAUCGCCGCAAACAUGAAGUCGAAGCUGCCCUAUCUCAGGGCUGUGAUCCGGGAAACGCACCGCGUCGCCCCAGCCACUCCCAUUAUGACCCAGCGGCCGGCCCCCUGUGACGUGGAGCUGGCCGGCUACUCCGUGCCAGAAGGGACCCCAGUUGGCUUCAACGUCUUCUCCGUGCAGAACAACCCCAAGUAUGUCGAGGACCCUUCGGAGUUCAAGCCGGAGCGAUGGCUGGCGGAUGCCGUUGAGGCCCGCAGAGGAACCGAAGCCGAGGUGAUCGAUGACAAGCUGCUGGCCACGCCUUUCUCCUUUGGGGCCCGCAUGUGUUUGGGAGGCCGCGUCGCAGACCUCGAGCUAAGUGUCGCCAUUGCCCGCUUGGUCCGGGACUGGCGCAUCAGCGUGCCGGCAGGCCAACCUUCUUGGAGGAACUUGCAGCCCCUGCUGACCAAGCCGCACCCCUUUCCUUCCUUUUCCAUCGAGGCGGCCUGA